AUGUCACAGGUCGAAUUCCACGAUGGUCCGCAUACAACCAUUCACAUGGGGACCACCCCGGGCCUCCAGUUCCUAAAGAGAUUCGUCCCCCUUAUCGAAGAACUUCCACAAACUCCCAGCACAAGCUUCGCCGAGCUGAGGGAGGCGUUCGGGCCGGACGCCCGCUUCUUCAUCAAUGGCGACGGCCCCCGCUCCAGAGAGGAGACCGAAGAUUUGCUAGAACAGAACACUACCGGACUUUGCGGGUUCGAGUACACCAUGACGCGAGCUUGGGAUAUCCCCGACACCGCCACUGGCAGACGGACUGUCAUAUACGAGGCUAAACUGUCGGCCGAAUACAGGCAAUUUCGUCCACAAAAUUCAAUCACCAUCAGCGGUGGCCCACUCAACGGAGUCGAGGUCAACAUCUUGGAACUUGCGCCCGUGGGAGCUGGACAACAGGGUGGAUUCGCGGGUUUAUGGAUCGUUGAACAACGCUUGUUUGGGGACGUAUCGCCUCUGCUGAGGUUGGGAGCUACGCGUGUUAAACGCAACUUCUGGCCAGGCGUCUGGCAAGGCUUCUCGCCAGGUUCACUUUCUCACCGACUUGCACUGCGCUGGACUGGAAAGCAGUAG